UAGAAACAACAAGCCGCCAUUUUGUUUGUGCGGACAGACCGUCAGAAACAGGAGGAGAUAACCGAGAGAAGGAGCGACUCCGGCGACCGACUGCAGCCGCUCCAAGGGAACCGCCGCGGGAAGGAGCGAGAGGCGAAAUCCUGUCCGUGUUUAUCAAGAGAGAGAGAAAGCAUCACCAAAAAGAUAAGACCUCAGUGGAGGGAAAAAACCGAGUCGGUGAUAUAUAUAUAUAUAUAUAUAGUAUAUGUAUAUCUAUAUGUGUGCAUGAGAAGGAAAUACUCUGAAAAAUCCAAGGAAGGGGGUGUUUUACGGAGCGGAGACAGAGAGGAGAGGCGGAAGAGGAGCUUUAUAUAUUAUCACAACGAGGAGGAAAAACCUGCGAAAAGGGGAAAACAUCAACAUGAAAAAUCACUAUGUGUCCGUCGCGGAGGAAGGAAAGAGUCCGCAUAGACAAUUAUAUAAAUAAAUUGCUGCCGGGCAGAAGGGAGAGGUGGAAAGAAAGACGGGUUUAAAGAGAAGGGGAAAAUUGCCAGGAUCAACACGAAGGGGGGCAUUCUCCAUCACAAAGAGUCAAUGAGAGGAUUUUUGUCAGCCCAAAAUAUUUUAGGGGGGUGUCAACAUUAGUGUGCCGAUCUGAAGCUUUCCGCUUCCGAAAUAGCCAUAAUAUCUCAGAGACCCAGCGUAUCUUUUUUUAAUCACAUUUUCUCCUCUCGUCGUAGCUGUACUCUGCUUUUUUUUUUUUUUUUUUGUGGCUUUAAGAUCUUUUUUUUCUUCACUUGCUUUGCCAAGACGUCCCAUAAACAGUGGUUGACGGGUAUAUAUAAAUAUAUAUAUAUAUAUAUAUAUAGUUUUUUUUUUUUUUUUACACAAUAUUAACCAUUACUUUCAUUAUCUGCAAGUGUUUUAAAACCACGCGAAAACCCCGGAGGAGGAACCUCAUCUGGAGCACAAGAUAAGUAAAAACGCCUCACAGCCUCGUCCUCUGCUAAAUAAAAACUAAUUGGAUCAAUCUGACUGCCCUCGCUGAUUGGCAAUCCGCGCUGUGAUUGCCCCCCAAGAACUACUCUGUCAAAGAAAUAAAAGUCUGCAUCGGGAUCGAUUGCACAAGGAGGGAUUUUAUUUUAUUAUUUUUUUGAGGGGGGGAGACAAGAUUUUCUAUUUUUUUGCCAAAACCCCCCUGCUGCCUGCACUAGGCAUUAACAAAAAAAGAAAAGAAAAAAGGGGGUUGCAACAACCAAAUGUGCAAUAGGAGUCUGUUCUUUCUGACCCAGUGCCUUGCAUGGUCAAACACCUUUUAAAGUGCACAAUUUAGUUCACGACAUGCACAUGCAGAAGGAAACUGAUGCGUGGACAAACACAUCCGUAAUCGAUCUUCAUUGAAUCUGAGUAGCUGCAAGUGUGGGACUCUUCUGCAUCACUGCUCUAUUUAUUCAGUUUCUGGUUAAAAAAAAAAACACCCAAUGCAAGUUGUUUUAUCUCAGUGUUGCACUUGAGAGCACCAACUCAACUGAUUUUUUGUCAUUGUGUUUUUUUACAACUACUACCGGUGGUCUCCACACACACACCCACCCACCCACCCCCGGUUGGCCGUAAAGGAGGGCUCGGUAUCGGCAUUGCCCAGCAGUGAGAUGUCUGCUCAGGUGAGAGAAAUGGUAAACGCAGCCGAGGAUCUCAUAACUGUUGCAUGAGAGAUCAGCCCCCAGAAGUUUAACACAGGAAACAGACUCCUGGCUUGUGUUAGUUGGUUGGUUGUUGGUUUUUUUUGGAGCACAAUUUAUAAUUUUUGGUGCCCUGACCGACACUCUCCACUGGAGCGCUUCAGACCUGAAAUACAGGAUUUCUGCGCCGACUAUGGCGGACAGGACUGAGUGCAGCACGGAGGACGGAUCUUCGGACAAUUUUUGUGUCGCAGAAGAGGCUACAUGAGGUUGUCAGAGGGCCGCACGCUUGCCUUUUUUGCCGACUCCACCUUCCCACCUCCUCCUGUUCAAAUCUGUGAAGAAACAAAAUCUCCGACAGGGGAGGGGGACUGAUAUCUGCAGAGAGGAAUAAACCGAGAGGGAGAACUGUGAGGGGGGAGAGAGGAAAAAAAAAGAGUUCAACAUUGCUGUCUUCUCCCCUACCGUCCCCCCAAGCGGUGGGGGAACGAUCAGAAGCUUUUCUUAAAGGGAUAAGGAGACGAAAAUAAGGGAAAUACGUCUGCCCUCCGUGGAUCUACAGCUUUUUUUUUUUUUUUUUUUUAAAUUCGUCGAAAAAUAUGGCCGAUAAUGUCCUGGAGUCCGGCCAGCCUGCAGCCAAGAGGCCCAAGCUGUCCUCUCCAGCUCUCUCGGUGUCCGCCAGUGAUGGAAAUGAUUUUGGUUCACUCUUUGAUCUGGAGCAUGACCUCCCAGAUGAGCUCAUCAAUUCCACGGACCUGGGGCUGACCAAUGGGGGGGACGUCAACCAACUCCAUACCAGUCUUGCAGGGCUUGGAGGAGGGAUUAUUUUAGGAGGCCACGAUGCCGCUGCAAAACACAAACAGCUGUCUGAGCUCCUGCGCGCUGGAGCGCCAGCACAGCAAGGUGGCCCUACUUCCAACAGCACAGCACCCGGAGCUUCCAUGGGGAUGAUGGGGGGCGUCAGUGUCUCCCCUGGUGGACCUCAAGGCAUGCCCCCCCAGGGCCAGCAGCAGCAACCUGGAUUAAUGCAGCAGGUUGGGAUGGUUGGAGGGGUGGCGGCACUCAAUCGGGCAGCUGCCAUGAUGGGUGCCCAGAAGGGCAACCCUGGACAGCAGCAGCAAGGCCUGAUGGGGGGGCAGGUGAUGAAUGGCUCGCCAAGAAUGGGUUACCCUGGCAGUGCAGGCAUGGGUAACAAUAGUAAUUUGUUGGCAGAAACCCUACAGCAGCAGCAGGGCAGUCAGCAAAUGGGACCUGGGGGUCAGGCAGGGAUGAGACCACAGCAACCCGGAGCACUGAACAAGAUGAAUAUGAUGGCCAACGCGGGCCCCUAUGGUGGUCCGUACGGCCAGUCUGCUGGCCAGGGGCUGCCUGGAGCAGGGCUGGGCCCACAGCUCCAGAACAAGGCGGGCCUGCCCAACAAUAUGGCCACCCAGUUCAACAUGGACAAGAAGCCACCACAGGGCCAAGGCAUGCCUGGGAUGGCCUCUCAGCAGCAGCCCGGAGCAGUGGGUGGCGUGUCCGUCGGAGGAGCAGCAGCAGUGGGAGGUGCCCAGGUUGGGCUCAAUGCCGUGGGGGCGGGUCCCGGCACAGCGCCCCCUACGGCAGACCCCGAGAAACGGAAGCUGAUCCAACAGCAGCUGGUCCUCUUGCUCCACGCGCACAAGUGCCAGCGGAGGGAGCAGGCCAACGGGGAAGUGCGGCAGUGCAACCUGCCCCACUGUCGCACCAUGAAGAACGUGCUCAACCACAUGACUCAUUGCCAGGCUGGCAAGUCCUGCCAGGUGGCGCACUGUGCCUCAUCCAGACAGAUCAUCUCUCAUUGGAAGAAUUGCACACGACAUGACUGUCCUGUAUGCCUGCCGCUGAAAAACGCCGGAGACAAGAGGAAUCAGCAGUCUCUUGUUAACAGUGCCGGGGUAGGUUUGGUGAAUUCUUUAGGUUCAGUCGUGCCUGGUGGACAGUCCAACACUCCAAACCUGAACCCUCCCAACCAGAUUGACCCCAGCUCCAUAGAGAGGGCCUAUGCUGCACUAGGUCUCACUUACCAGGGCAACCAGAUGCCACAGCAGUCGCCACAGGCCAACAUGCCAAACCAGGGGCUGCCGGGCCAGCCUGGCAUGAGGACUUUAAACACCAUGGGAGGAAACUCUAUGGGAGUGAAUGGUGGAGUGGGUGUGCAAACCCCUAACCAGUCCACCCUACUGCCAAACGCCAUGUUGCACGGCAACAUGAAUGCACAGAGCUUGAUGAAUGAUGGUGUGGGGAACCUGGGCUCCAUGCCUACGGCAACUCCUCCUUCUGCUCCAGGCAUGAGGAAGUCUUGGCAUGAAGACAUCACGCAAGACCUCCGCAACCACCUUGUCCAUAAGCUCGUGCAGGCCAUCUUCCCCACUCCUGAUCCGGCUGCGCUGAAGGAUCGGCGGAUGGAGAAUCUAGUGGCUUACGCUCGAAAAGUAGAGGGAGACAUGUACGAGUCAGCCAACAGUAGGGCGGAAUAUUACCAUUUGCUGGCAGAGAAGAUCUACAAGAUCCAGAAGGAGCUAGAGGAAAAGAGGAGGACAAGACUCCAGAAGCAGGGUAUGAUGCCGGGCCAGACCGGCAUAGCCUCCCCGGGCCUCCCACAGGGGCCUCCCAGCAUGGGACAACCUCCCAUGGCCCCAGGGCAACCCCCAAAUGGUCCUCACGCUGAUCUGUCCAUGGUCCGACCGGCUGGACCCAAUCAGAUGGUCAACAGGAUGCAGAACCCUGCAGGAAUGAAUCAAUUUAGUCAGAUGGGGAUGCAGUCAAUGGGUCAGAGAUCGACGCCUCCUCUUCCUCUUAAUGCUCCUAUGAACCAGAUGGGUAUGGGAGCAACAAGGAUGGGUCAGCCCAAUGCCGGACAGUUACAGAACCAGUACCUCCCUCAAGGGCAGUUCCCCGGGUCCAGUCCUGGACGUGGUUCUGGUCCUGUUGGCAUCAAUCAGCCUGGACCACAGAAUGCUGUGCCGCCGCAGAACCAGAUGUCAACGCCACCCUCCCACUCAGCCAGCAGCCCUGCAGCACAGUCUGCCUCUUCUGCUCCAGGCUCCAUGGGACCUGGUAGUGCCAGUGGUCCUGGGUCUCUACCCAACCUGCCUCCAUCCUCCACCUCCAACCAGCCCAACUCCUACCCUCACUGCCCACCAAUUAGAACAAACUCUCCCUCACCAGCACGUAGCUUAACGCCUCAACCGCAUCAAACACCCCCGACGUUACCAGGUUCUCAGACCCCACAGCCACACACUCCUGGUACACCCCAAUUGCCCCCUCCACAGCACCAACAGCAACAACAACAACAACAGCAACAACAACAGCAACAACAGCAACAACAGCAACAACAGCAACAGCAACAGCAGCAGCAGCAGCAGCAGCAGCUGCAGCAGCUUCAACAGCAGCAGCUUCAACAGCAGCAGCAGCAACAGCAACAACAACAACAACAACAACAACAACAACAACAACAACAACAACAACAACAACAACAACAACAACAAGUUUCACAGCAGCCAUCGGGGCAGGCGGUGCACUCUGAGAAGGCCAAUCAGCCUCCACAGCAAACACUUGGGGGUGUGCCUUCUUCAGGCCCCCAAGCAGGCCAGGCUUCUUCAGUGCCUACCCAAAAUGCUCAUGUGCCACUACAGCAGCCGCAAACCCCACUAUCUCCGAAGCCUCCACUGACAGCAGAUGGUCAAGUGUCCUCUCCAGCCUCAGUCAGCAGCAGUACUGACCCCAGCUCCCAGCUUGCCCAAGUGGACGGUUCUGCUCCCAGCCAGGAAGACAUCAAAAUGGAAGUAAAGAAGCAGGAGGAGGAUGACGAAGGGGCUGACAGCCAAGGAGAGGGCAAGGGGAAGAUGGGCAAGGGUCAGCCUGACGUGAAGACGGAGGAGAAACCAGAGAUAAAGAAGGAGAAGCCGUCGGGAGAUGGGUGUAAAGGCGAGCCCAUGGAUACAUCUUCGUCCUCGGUGUCAUCGUCAGUAGCAGCAGGUGAAGACAAGAAGCCGGAGGUGAAGAAAGAGCCCAAAGAGGAAGAGGAUGGGUCAGGGUCAACAGCCUCCAGCAGCUCCCCAGCCAGUGCUCAGAGCAAGAAGAAAAUCUUUAAGCCGGAGGAGCUGCGUCAGGCUCUGAUGCCCACCCUGGAAGCUUUGUAUCGGCAGGACCCUGAGUCCCUUCCCUUCCGUCAGCCGGUGGACCCCCAGUUACUGGGAAUACCCGUACGUAUUCGAACUAGUAACAAAACUAACCUGGACUACUUUGACAUCGUGAAGAAUCCCAUGGACCUGUCGACCAUCAAGCGGAAGCUAGACACGGGACAGUACCAGGAGCCUUGGCAGUACGUCGAGGAUAUCUGGCUGAUGUUCAACAAUGCCUGGCUGUAUAAUCGCAAGACGUCCCGCGUCUACAAGUACUGCUCCAAGCUGGCUGAGGUGUUUGAGUCAGAGAUCGAUCCUGUCAUGCAGGGCCUGGGAUACUGUUGUGGGAGGAAGUUUGAGUUUUCCCCCCAAACUCUAUGCUGCUAUGGAAAACAAUUAUGCACCAUCCAACGAGACGCUGCUUAUUUUAGCUACCAGAACAGUUCACCAAAAUAUGGGCUUCUUGCUGACAGGUACCACUUCUGUGAGAAGUGUUUCAACGAAAUCCAAGGCGAGACUGUUUCCCUGGGGGACGACCCCUCCCAGCCUCAGACGUCCAUCAACAAAGAGCAGUUUCAACGAAAGAAAAACGACACACUUGACCCUGAGUUGCUUGUGGAAUGUAUUGACUGCGGUCGUAAAAUGCACCAGAUCUGUGUCCUGCAUCAUGAAACCAUAUGGCCGUCAGGCUUUGUGUGUGACAACUGCCUCAAAAAGGCCAAUAAGACGCGGAAAGAGAACAAAUACGCAGCUAAAAGGCUUCCUCAGACCAAGUUGGGGAACUUUUUGGAGAUAAGAGUUAACGACUACCUCAAGCGGCAGAACCACCCUGAGUCUGGCGAGGUCACAGUCCGUGUGGUCCAUGUCUCAGACAAGGUGGUUGAGGUCAAGCCGGGCAUGAAGUCCAGGUUUGUUGACAGCGGAGAGAUGUCUGAGUCCUUCCCAUACAGGAUGAAAGCCCUGUUUGCAUUUGAAGACAUUGACGGAGCGGAUGUGUGUUUUUUCGGCAUGCACGUUCAAGAGUACGGCGCGGACUGCCCGCCUCCCAAUCAGAGACGAGUGUACAUUUCUUACCUGGAUAGCGUGCACUUCUUCAGACCUCGACACCUCAGGACUGUUGUCUAUCACGAGAUCCUGCUAGGCUACCUGGAGUAUGUCAAGAGGCAGGGGUUUACAGCGGGUCAUAUCUGGGCCUGUCCGCCCAGUGAAGGGGAUGAUUACAUCUUCCAUUGUCACCCAGCGGACCAGAAGAUCCCCAAGCCAAAACGCCUGCAGGAGUGGUACAAGAAGAUGCUGGACAAAGCUGUUUCGGAGCGCAUUAUCCAUGAUUACAAAGACAUCUUCAAGCAGGCAACAGAGGACCGGCUGACCAGUGCCAAGGAGCUGCCAUACUUUGAGGGUGACUUCUGGCCCAACGUACUGGAGGAGAGUAUCAAGGAGCUGGAGCAAGAGGAGGAGGAACGGAAAAGGGAGGAAAACAGUACCUCCAAUGAGAGCACAGAUGCCACAAAAGGAGACAGCAAGAAUGCCAAAAAGAAGAACAAUAAAAAGACAAGCAAGAACAAGAGCAGCUUGAGCCGAGCCAACAAGAAGAAACCAGGGAUGCCCAAUGUUUCCAAUGACCUUUCCCAGAAGCUCUAUGCCACCAUGGAGAAACAUAAGGAGGUCUUCUUUGUCAUCCGCCUCUCUGCUGGCCCCACCGGCAACUCGCUCCCCCCCAUCACUGACGCGGACCCCAUGAUGGCCUGUGACCUGAUGGAUGGCCGCGAUGCCUUCCUGACUCUGGCGAGGGACAAGCACCUGGAGUUCAGCUCUCUCAGGAGGUCCAAGUGGAGCUCCAUGUGUAUGUUGGUGGAGCUGCACAACCAGAGCCAGGACCGCUUCGUCUACACCUGCAAUGAGUGUAAACACCAUGUUGAGACUCGCUUCCACUGCACCGUCUGCGAGGACUAUGACUUGUGCAUCACCUGCUACAAUAUUAAGGGUCAUGAGCACAAGAUGGAUAAGCUGGGGCUUGGACUGGACGACGACAGCAACAACCAGGCAGCAGCAGCUACCCAGAGCCCGGGAGACUCUCGCCGUCUCAGCAUACAGCGCUGCAUACAGUCACUGGUCCAUGCAUGCCAGUGCCGCAACGCCAACUGCUCCCUGCCGUCCUGCCAGAAGAUGAAGCGAGUUGUUCAGCACACAAAAAGCUGCAAGCGCAAGACAAAUGGCGGCUGUCCGAUCUGCAAGCAGCUCAUUGCUCUGUGCUGCUACCAUGCCAAACAUUGUCAGGAGAACAAAUGUCCCGUCCCGUUCUGUCUGAACAUCAAGCAAAAGCUCCGGCAGCAGCAGCUGCAGCACAGGCUCCAGCAGGCCCAGAUGUUAAGGAGGAGGAUGGCCAGCAUGCAGAGAGUGGGACAGGCAGCCGGAGGGCCACCUGGAGGACCUGUUGCCGGACUUCCUUCCCCAGGGAACAAUGGUACCACGGCACCCAGUACCCCAACUUCUGGUGGAACCCAACCCCCAACACCCCAGACCCCAACUCAGCAGAUGCCUCCAGUAUCGCAGCAGGGAAUGGGUCCUGGACCUGGAGUCCAGCAACAACAGCAGCCAGGUGGGAUGCCUCCACAAAGUGGCAUGCCUCCUCAGCACCCCCUUCACCACCAGUUUCAGCAGAUGGGUGGAGGAGGUGGGGGGAUAAUGAGCUCUCCCCAACAUCAGCAGCAGAUGCUUCCUCAGGUCCAGCAGCAACAUCAGAGUGGAGCAGGGACCAACCCUCAACAGCUCCAACAGCACCCCAACAAUUUGCCUCCAUAUGCCAGCAGACCCCCAGGCUCCUCCCCAAUCCAUCAGUCCCAGGGCAAACCCGUCCUUGGCUCCGCAACACCUCCCCAGCAGCAGCCUGGUGGCUCUGUCAUGGCUGGAAGUGUUGGGGGCCAACAGCCUCCCAAUCAGUCCCCGGGCCAGCCUCUCCUUCCACAGCAGCAACAGCAGCCCCUUUCUGGCCCUCCACCGGCAGCCGUAGAAAUUGCCAUGAAGAUCCAACAGGUAGCCGAUGCUCAGAGGAAGAUGGCCCUGCAGAGACAAGCAGCCCAGGCAGCUGCAGGCUUGAUGCCUCCUCACCCUCACCAUCAACAGGGUCAGGGUCAACAGAUGGGCAUGGGACACCCCGGGCCUGUAGGCAUGGUUGGACCCCAGGGCAUGCCACCACAGAACCAAGCAGCAGUGGCAGCUGCUCGGGCCCAUAUGGAUCAACCACAAGGUGCUCCGCCAGGGAUGAUGGUUGGUGCUGGUGGGCCCAUGCAGCAACCCCCUCAGCAGGGUAACCUGCCCCAGGGCCAACUCCCCCCUCAGGUACAGCUUCAACAGCAGAGGAUGGGUGCUCCUCUUCAAAACCCUCAACAGCAGCAACAGCAGUGGGCUGGCCAAGGGAUGCCACCUCAGCAGAGGCAAGCCAUGAUGAACCAAAUGGGCCAUCCAGCCAUGAUGACAGCUCAACAACAACAGCAACAACAACAGCAGCAGCAACAACAGCAGCAGCAACAGCAGCAGCAGCAACAACAACAGCAGCAGCAGCAACAACAGCAGCAGCAGCAUCAGCAGCAGCAACAACAGCAACAACAACAACAGCAGCAUCAGCAACAGCAGCAGCACCAACAAGCUCAGGGCCAUGCUGCCUUGAUGAAUAUGGCGCAGCAGCAGCAAGGUGCUGGUGUCGGGGUCCCAGGGGGAGUGGUCCCUGGAGCUACAGGGGUCCCAGGAGUUUGUGCUGCUGGUGGGAACAUCCCCCAAGCAGCCCUCCAGGAGUUGUUACGGACUCUCCGCUCGCCUAGUUCACCACUCCAGCAACAGCAAGUCCUCAACAUCCUGCGGUCUAACCCACAGCUCAUGGCUGCUUUUAUCAAACAGAGGGCCUCAAAAUACAAGGGGGUUCAAGGGGGCCCAGGUGGACCCGGUGGUGUCCCUGGAGGUCCUGGACCCACAGGGGGUGCCGUUGGUAAUGUCAUGGCAGGAGGGGGCCCACAGGUGAACAUGAGUGCUGCAGGUGCCGGCCAGCCGGGUAUGCACAUGGGGGGUCAAGGAGGAACGAAUGUCAACAUGGCCACUAUGGCCCAGCUCCAACAAGUACAACAGCAGCAGCAGCUACAACAGCAGCAGCAGUUACAACAGCAACAGCAGCAGCAGCAGUUACAACAGCAACAGAGGCCGAUGCUCAGCAGUUUACAGCAGCAGCAGCAAGUGGCUGCUCUCCAGCAGCAGCAGCAGCAACAACAACAGCAGCAGCAACAGCAGCAACAACAACAACAACAACAACAACAGCAACAGCAGCAGCAGCAACAACAGCAGCAGCAGCAAGGGGGAGUAAGAGGCAUGCAGGGCCAGGGGUCACAGAUGGGAAAUCUCAACAAUCCUCAGUUUAGAGAGCUACUCCUGAGGCGGCAUCUCCAGCAGCAGCAGCAGCAGCAACAACAACAACAGCAGCAGCAGCAACAACAACAACAACAACAACAGCAACAACAGCAAAUGGGAGUAAAUCAUGGUCAGUUCCAGCAACCACAGCCACUACAGGGGCAGGGCUACAUGGGACAACCUGGGAUGCAGCCGCCUUCAGCAGGACAGGGACCACCUGGAGGUCCUCCUCUUGGCCCUCAGCAGCAAGGUGGUCCCCCAGGCCAGCCGGGGCAAGGUUACCCAGGGUCGGUGGUACAGCAGCAAGUCACAGCUGCACUCCAGCAGAGGCUCCACCAUCAGCACCACCUCCAGAUGCAGCAGCAGAAUGCCAUGGCUGGCCUUCCAGGGGGUGAUGCAGGUGGAGGGGGUGUAGGAGGUCCUCAGCAGCCACCUCAAGGCACACAGUCCACUCAGGGUGGUCCCCCUCCUCAAUCCUCUCAGGCUCUGCUCCAACAGGCACUCCACCAGAGGCUGCUCCAGCAGCAGCAGCAACAUCUGGGCCCUGGUGGGUCACCAGCCCAACACAGCAAUCCCAUGAGCCCCCAGCAGCCGCAACAGAUGGCCCAGUCCCCACACCCACACUUGCAGGGCCAGGCGCACACAUCCCUGGCUAACCAAGUGCGAUCCCCACAGCCUUCACCCAGACCCCAGUCUCAGCCGCCACACUCCAGCCCGUCCCCACGCAUGCAGCCCCAGCCCUCACCGCAUCACAUCUCCCCUCAGAUGCAAACGGGUUCCCCACACCCAGGCCACCUGAACCAGCACCACCCGGGCAUGGUUGUCUCUUCACAACAACAGCCAACGACCCAGCAGCAGCAACAGAACUCUAUGGAGCAGUUUGGGUCGGACCAGAGCGCCAUGCUAUCUCAGCUGAGUGGCAUGGCUGGUAUCCAUGGGCCAGCGGGCAACAGUCAGGACCCACUGGGCCAGAAUAUGAAUCACAACAUCAACAUCAUGUAGGAAUUUUACUUAACGUGUCAAGUUGAGCUGAAACGCUCUGUGAUUCUUCGCACAAACUGCACUCACCCAGGACAGUGUUAUUGUUAUUACUUAGCCUUUCUUUUUUUAUACUAUUAUUAAAUGUUAUUUAAAAUGUUUUCAAUAAAGAUGCAUUGAACUGAACUUCCUAUGGGAGAUGAACAAUAAAUCAAGCAGUCGUUAAAUAAAUUAGAAUAAAUGAAUUGUAAGUUAUUGCUGUUAAUAUAUUUUUUUGCCAAUUGUGGACAAAGAGGGGGAUGGUUUCUCUAGCGCCCCCCCUCACCUCCACCUCUUGCUGAAUACAAGAAAGGUGAUAUUUUUGGGGGUAAAUAGGAGUAAUUGCCUUUUUUAAGAAAUGUUUUUAAGAUUUUAAAAGUGGUCAAGAAUUAAAGAGGAGAUGAUUUAAUGCAAAGAACUUUUUUUAUCGGUUUCAAUUCCCAUCAUUCAGUCUGUCUAUUUCUGUUUUGCAGAGUGAUGUGGAUUAUUAAUGUAAAUCCAAACAUGAUGCAUAUCUUCAUUUUUAAAUGUUUGGGUUUGCUUUAUUUAUUUUUUUUCUUUUUGGGGGGUGGGAUGGGGGUGUUAUGUACCCUGAGACUGCUAAAAUUCGUAUAGAAAUAUAUUUUUGUUAAUGACUGUUAAGACGGGGGUAGUGGAUGUUUCAUUUCACUUUAGAUGUCUUUAGUUGGGUCUGUCCAGGUGGGAAUAAUUAAAUGUCAGUGUUUUAUUGCAGUGGUUGAGGGUCUGCUGUGAGUUUGAGAUGUUGAACGGACGCGUUACGACGUCCCGGCCAGCUUCUGUAUCGGACGUCGGUCAUGCUGGAAGGGACUCUUCCCUCGCAAACAUGCAAGCCCUCUCCCUCGAAUGUGUGUGCACUCCUUCCUUUAAAGACACUUAAUAUGGAGCAGUGGAGGCUUGGGGAGGGGGGGUGCAUACCUGUGUGCCUGUAACAUUUUGAGUACAUGGGCUGGGAUGUGAAAAAAUGGGUGGGAUGGGCUCCUUUUAGUGUUUUUAGGAUUCUACUGUUUGGAGUAAACAGGAUUUUGAUCCAAAUGAACUGUGUUGCACAGAAAUGAGGAGAAAGGAGGAGAUAUGAGCAGUCAGUCUCCGUCUCUUUCGGCCUCGUCCCCUUUGCUGCUUCCCUUGGACUUUAAAUCUCACCCCCCCCUCCUCCUCCUCUGGGGGAAGUUGUUCUCCCUCCCCCCCCAAACUCCAUCCUCUUUAUCUUUCUGCUAAGAACUUUGGGAGUUUAAUUUAAUAUUUUUUACUGUACAAAGGAAACACAAACUGUGGACUCAAAUACUGUUUUUAUAAUAAAAUGAAAAUUACCAACA